AUGCCAGAGACCUACCACCUUACGGAAGGCGAUUAUCAUGCACAACGACUGGUUCUGCUGCGCAUCGAGUCGAUCAUCCUGCGCACGUUGGGAUUCAAUACGCAUGUAGCUCUUCCUCACACUAUCGCCUUGACCUACCUCCAGACCCUUGGCGUCCCAUCCUCAGCCGUUGCUCAUAGAGUAUUCGAGCAUCUCAACUCAGCGCUAUUGUCGCCACAGUUAUUAUACGCUACGCACCAACCAAACGCCCUUGCUGUUGCUUCAAUCUACCUUGCAUCCCGAGAAGUGGGAGUCAAACUCGUCGAUGGCGACUGGUGGGAAGUGUUCGAUGUCGACCGGGAGGACCUUGGAUUCUUAGUGGUGGGCAUGAGAAGCAUGGAGGGAUUUGCGCGGGCGGAAAUGGAAAAGUGGAAGGGCCGAGGGGUACCCAUGACGGUGGACGAGCUGGAGGGUGAGAUAGAACACAGGAGAAUGAUGGAAGAGGGUGACUGGCUUGAGGAAGAUCCCGGUUACAGGCUAUACAUGGUCCAGAACAAGCAACUGGAACAAGAGAGGGCCACGCUGGAGCCGAUAUGA